AUGUUGUUGUCCGCGUUCAAGGCGUUGUAUCUCGUGCUCCCUCUUGCAUCAGGGCUUUCCAUCCCACUACCAGAGCCCACGCAGAGCACCGUUAGCUCUAGUAAUCCAUCACCACCACCGCCAGCCCCCCAAACGACGCCAUCGCCUCAGUUGAAGCACCGUCGAGAUGCGACGACCGUUACACACAGGCUGACGGAUCGGGCUAGUAUUUGCGGAUGGCAGGAUGCUGUAAACGACGGGUAUCCAGUUAGUUGCGAUCCUGGAUCUACCUGCGCCUACCAGCGGCCAAAUACGAAGUACCCCGGCAUGUUGGCCUGCUGCGAGGAAGGUCUGGGGUACUGCGGGUUCUACAGCACAUGCAUCAACCUCAGCCAAGUAUCCGCAACGCCUUCUAUCGCCGUACCUUCGCAGCCCUUGGCCAUCUACUGCACUGAUGCUACCGCCCCCGCCUGCGUGACCUGGUUCUACUCCGACAUCAGCGUCACCGACUUCGGGUGCUCGAUGGAGAGCACCGCUAUGGACAUGUACACAUCGGCGGACGCCUCGGCGACCACUUCUGGUACGGUGGACCAUUACGAGUUAUACCUCACGCAGGUCGGCCCGGAGGUAGUCGACUCCUACCUGUCCACCUACGGUACCGACAGUGUCGAGAAUAAUAAAGCCACCAACGCACCCACCAGUACUCAGUCUCCGUCCUCCGCCGCCAAUUCAGACACGAAGAGCAAGAACACGGGCGCCAUUGCCGGCGGUGUUGUCGGUGGCGUUGCUGGUCUUGCCCUCAUCGGCGCUGCGGGCUUCUUUGUAGGGAGAAAGUUCAACAACAGCAAGAAGAGUCAGGGGGCAGAGGGUGUGGGGGCCAACGAUGACAAGGGACCCUAUGUCAGCGUCCCUGAAUCACACUCCCCUUACUCGGUCAAUGAGACGCAGUUCGCGUCUGAGAUGGGCACCGACGAGACUAGACAACAAGUGUCCGAGGUUGACGGGAGUGCGCCUGCUGAUAGAGUAUAUGAGAUGCAAGAGACCACUGUGAAGGACACGGAGGGGAAGAAUUUCACAGCAGAACUGCCCGCAGAUUCUGUAUUCCCUGCUAAAAAGUGA